GUGCUGAAUAACCCCGGGAGUGUGGAGGUGACAUGGGAGCAGGCCAGCAGGGGCACCAUACCGCAGGGUGCUCUACAGGGAGGCUACUCUGAGACAGGGGAGGCCCUCUACUUCGGUCGCUUCAACCAUGGUGGUUCUCUCAUAUGUGGCAAGGUUCAUCCAAGUCACAAGGUGUGCUACGUGCCAUACUGGGGUCAGGAGACCUCCAAUGUCAACUAUGAGUGGCAAGGUGGGCUUCUCCUCUCCACUUGAGCACUCGGUAAGCGUCACUCCUGAAAGGACAACAGAAGAGCUAGGCUACGCAGUAAUUCUACAGCUACAUCAAUGCCACUUACCCCACUAAAUACAUAGCAAUAUUUCUGUGUAAUUAGCAACUUAAGUAUAUAAAAAAACGACCAAGAUUUUUCUGAAGUGUCAUUUUCUUAAAAACUUAAAUAAAUUAUCCAAACUUGAUAGAAAAUCCUAUUUUGAUAACUGAAACAUUCUGCAGAUUUUUAAUGUUCCAAUUACAGUAUGU